AUGCCAGAGCCUUCAACAGAAAGAUGGGUUGAAAUUGCAAAUACUUUUUAUGAUAAGACUAAUUUUCCAAACUGCUUAGGGGCAAUAGAUGGUAAGCAUAUUCGAUGUAAAGGUCCAAACAAUUCAGGCUCAUUAUACUUCAACUACAAAAAGUACUUUUCGAUUGUGUUGAUGGCGAUUGCUGAUGCCAACUUAUGUUUCAUUGCAAUUGAUUUUGGUGCCUAUGGGAAAGAGGGUGAUUCAAAUGUAUUUAAAGAGAGUUGUUUUGGAAAAAAACUUUAUUCAAAUCAACUCAAACUACCAGAAUUAGCAAAUUUACCAAACACAAAUGAACAUCCUCAGCCUUUUGUAUUUAUCGGAGACGAGGCAUUCGCCUUACAUUCGAACUUAUUAAGACCAUACCCAGGACGUGGUCUUAAUGAUACUAAACGGGUAUUCAACUAUAGGCUAUCAAGGGCAAGAAGGACGGUAGAAUGUACCUUUGGUGUUCUGGCUAAUAAAUGGCGUGUCUUACAUACACCAAUACAAUUUGAGCCUGAUUUUGUGGACGAAAUAAUUAAAUCGUGUUGUGUUCUACACAACUUUGUUCGAAGAAGGGAUGGCUUCAAUAACGAAGAUACAGAGACCAAUAUGUUGGAUGAUAUUGAAGUUCGUGGUACUGGUGCUCGUACUCAAGGUACAGAAGUUAGAGACUACUUCGCAAAAUAUUUCAUGGGACCUGGAUCUGUGCCAUUCCAAUUUCAAAAAAUUUAA